AUGACGCAAGAGGCGCAGGCUGAGGUGGAGGACGGCGGGAACUGGUCGUGGGCGGCGUGGGCCAACGUGACGCUGUCUGCGGCCAGCACGACCGCCAUGCCCAACGAGACGUACCUGCCGUACCACCUGCGACCCGAGACCUACCUGGUGCCCAUCAUCUUCUCGCUCAUCUUCGUGGCCGGCGUGCUGGGCAACGGCACCCUGGUGCUCAUCUUCGCGCGCCACCGCAACAUGCGCAGCGCGCCCAACACCUACAUCCUGUCGCUGGCGCUCGGCGACCUCCUGGUCAUCAUCACCUGCGUCCCGUUCACGGGGACCGUCUACACGUUCGAGUCGUGGCCGUACGGGCCGGUGGUGUGCAAGGUGCAGGAGUUUACGAAGGACGUGUCGGUGGGCGUGUCGGUGUUCACGCUGACGGCGCUGAGCGCGGACCGCUUCUUCGCCAUCGUGGACCCGCUGCACCGGCUGGGCGGCGCCGCCGGCAGGGGGACGGGCGGCGCGGGGGCCGAGGGGCUGCGCUCCACGCUGCUCGUCACCGCCGUCAUCUGGCUGCUCGCCGUCGCCUGCGCCACGCCCGCCGCCGUCAACACGCACAUCAACUACAUGGUCGUGAACCCGAAGGUGAGCAUCGAGAUCUGCUACCCGUUCCCUGACCUGGCGUACGCGCGCGUCGUGGUGCUGGCCAAGAUGGUGGUGUACUACGUGCUGCCGCUGGCGGUGAUCGCCGUCUUCUACGCGCUGAUGGCUCGCCACCUGCUGCGCUCGACGCGCGACAUGCCGCAGCACUGCAGCCAGGCGCGCCAGGUGCGGGCCCGGCGCAAGGUUGCCAAGGUCGUGCUCGCCUUCGUCGCCGUCUUCGCCGUCUGCUUCUUCCCGCUGCACGUCUUCAUGAUAUGGUUCUACAUGACGGAGGACGCGGACAAAAAGUACAACGACUGGUGGCACACGCUGCGCAUCCUGGGCUUCUGCCUGUCGUUCGCCAACUCGUGCGUGAACCCGGUGGCGCUGUACUGCGUGUCGGGAGCCUUCCGGAAGCACUUCCGCCGCUACCUUAUGUGCCGGUGGCGCCGCGCCCCGGCAAGUGGGGGAAGCGCCAGUAGGAGCAUCGGGCUCUCCGGCUACUACCACCGCAGGGGCACGACCACGACAACGAGCGCGUCGGGCCGCAGCCGCCUGCAGCACGGCGGCACCUUCACGACCUCACUAGGAUCGUCCCGCAAGGAGCGCUACUACUGCAAGUCCACCUGGGACACGACCACGUCCCUCGCCAACUUCGGCAGCCUGCGGCAGCUCAGCGGCCAGGUCGUGGGUGCCCAGCCCCACCACACCGAUGACAUCACCGUCACCACCUUCAUGAACGGCGGUGUCGGUGCUGGCGGUGGUGCGGGCGACGGCUGCAAGACGUAGGGACCGCUGCGGACAGCUGUGUGAGACAGUAACUGAAGACCCUAGGAAGAUCAGUGAGAGGUGGACGUCACUUUCAGCUGCCAAAGUGACACGGAACUGGGUCAGUUUUAUCUGUGCCGUCGUCUUUUGGAGGAGCGACAACAGUCCUCUCAAGGGCCCUUGUGCGUCUACUGCUGGUGUUUGGCGUCCCGAAAGGCUGACUAUUCGGUGUGGACCAAAUCCGUUUCAGCCAGUGAACCUGAAUUAACUACAGCAUACGUGUU